AUGCCUGUGUCAGGAUCCCUUAGUAAUGUCGAUUGGUUUUCCACAUUAGCCGUCCACGGUGGUCAGGAACCCGACCCGGUCAAUGGUUCACGCGCUGUGCCUCUAUACCAAACCGCUGCUUACAACUUCUCUGAUGCCGCCGAUGGUGCUAGCAAGUUUGCAUGGAGCAAAGAUGGCUAUGUCUACACCCGCAUGGGCAAUCCCACCAACUCUGUCUUCGAAACGCGCAUGGCAAUGCUUGAGGGUGGUGUUGGUGCUGUAGCCGCUGCGUCUGGCCAUGCAGCGCAGUUCAUGGCUCUCACAAAUUGCUGUGAGCCGGGGCACAACUUCGUCAGCACAUCGUGGCUGUAUGGAGGCACAUACAACCAAUUCCGCGUCUACAUGAAGAAGUUCCGCAUCGACGUCAAGUGGGUCGUAGGCAAUGAGCCGGAUGAUAUCGACGCGGCCAUUGACGAGAACACGCGUGCGGUCUACAUCGAGACGAUCAGCAACCCCAAGCACAGUGUCCCUGACAUCGCAGCCAUUGCUGCAGUAGCCCACAAGCAUGGUAUCCCGCUUAUUGUCGAUAACACAUUUGGCAUGGGAGGCUAUCUCUGCAAGCCCAUCAAGCUCGGGGCUGAUAUCGUGACGCACUCAUGCACCAAGUGGAUUGGUGGCCACGGCACAUCAAUGGGCGGCAUCGUGAUCGAUGGUGGCCAUUUUGACUGGAGCGCAUCAGGCAAGUUCCCAGGUUUCACGGAGCCGGCUGAUGGAUACCAUGGCAUGCGCUUCUGGGAUACCUACGGCUACAAGGCACUGGCAGCUAAGCUGCGGAUGGACAGCAUGCGGGAUCUUGGCCCAUGCAUGAGCCCAUUCAACGCAUGGUUGUUCCUGCAAGGCCUGGAGACACUGGCGCUGCGCGGCCAACGCCACGCAGAAAACACGCAGAAGCUGGCCGAGUGGCUGGAGGCUCAUUCCAGCGUAAAUUGGGUGCUGUACCCAGGAUUGAAAUCGCAUCCAGAUUACGACUACACACAAAAGACGCUCGUUAACGGUGCUGGAGGUGUCUUGACCUUCGGAGUGGCUGGCAACAUCGAUCAAGUCCGCGCAGUCGUUGACAGCUUGAAGAUGUGCUCACACCUUGCGAAUGUCGGGGAUGCGAAGACGCUCAUCAUUCACCCGUGGGUGACAACCCAUCAACAGCUACCAGACGAGGAGAAGAUCAAGGGUGGAGUGACCCCUGAUUUGAUUCGCGUAUCAGUCGGUAUCGAGGAUUUUGAAGACAUCAAGCGCGACUUUGAGCAGGCAUUUGAAGCAGCUGGACUGGCCUCUGCCAGCAAGAGCGGCGGCGAUCCCUUCCAGACGGCGCUGAACUUGGUAACUGGCGGGUUUAUGGGGACUAAGGCAACUGGUGCGCCUCGCCCGGGCACUGACGGCACGGUUCAAGUAGCUGCAUAG